AUGGCGACCUCGAUUGCGUCCCAAUUAAAAGUCCUGGUAUCGCGGAUACCAGUCGACCAGGACCCUUCCCAGAAGAGGCCCUUCACUCGUCCUUCGAUCCUCUUCGACCCCAAAGAGGCCGCCGAUAUCGAUAUCGACACGAUUUUCGCAAUCGGAGUCCAAGGUCUGGAGCUUCUUGUUAGUACCGACGAGCGGUUCCGGAAUUUUAAGAAUGAUCUGUUCAGCUACCAGAGUAAGGAGUUGGACAGGGAGUUGAUGGGGAAAGAGGAGAACAAAAGCAUUGAUGUUUCGAUUAGUAAGUUCUUGAGAUUGCUGUCUGGGCAUUUCGAGCUCCCAUCGUCACUCAAGACUCUCGAGUACUUGAUUCGGAGAUAUAAGAUUCAUGUGUACAACAUUGAGGAAUUGGUUUUGUGUGCCCUGCCGUACCAUGAGACGCACGCUUUUGUUAAAAUUGUUCAACUAAUUAACUUCGGAAAUAGUAAGUGGAAAUUUCUAGAGGGCGUGAAACGAUCUGGCGCAGCUCCACCGAGAAAUGUUAUAGUGCAGCAAUGUAUUCGUGACAUGGGGGUUUUGGAGGCUUUAUUCGACUAUGCAUCCCCGUCAAAGAAGUAUCGGCCUUCAAAGCCAGUGAUCAGAUUUUGCACGGCAGUUGUCAUUGAGGUUUUGGGUUCCGUUGCAUCUGUUGAAAGUCAUGUUGUGAAAAGAAUCUAUGCACUUAUUCAUUCUGUACUGGAGGUCGGCACGGAUGGACAUUCAGAAAACAAGGCUGGUGCUAUGAUGAUUGUUGGUAUGCUAGCAAGUAAAGUUACAAUAUCUCCUGGACUUGUCAAGGGGUUAAUUUUAUUAAUUGCUAAAGUUGCUGAGGAGGAUGCGAAAGAGUCGGCUGAUCUUCAGCUUUUUCGCUUAUCACUUAUGACUUUGAUCAACCUUGUUCAGUUGCAAGUCGUGGAUAACUUCCCCAUGAAAGCUCUGGAGAGUUUGAUCGGCAUUAGGGAUUUUGCUGACAUUCUUCUGGGGCUUUUCAACAAGUUCAAAAUUGAUAGAUUUCUUUCUGUGCUUUUGGAUUCUCUUGUUGACUAUAGUUCGUCUAAUGAAUCCUGCCAGCUUGCGUUGAUCUCCAUAUUGGAUACAGUUCCUUCCAAGAAUUUUGUUCAUCAUAUAGUUCCAAAGGUCCUAUCUUCCUGCUUGCAAAGGUCUAAGGACUUAGAAAAUUCAAUAUUAUUUUCAUCAGGAAGCUGGGCAGAGAAAGUUUUAUUUGUUCUUAGAAAAUAUCCAUCUGAACUGCAUGGAGCAGCUGACAAAUUUUUGGAAAAAAACGUUCAAUCUAAGAAACGCGGUUCGGUACAUGAAGCUCUGCGUAAAAUGUUGGAUGGGAACUUGGAUAGAUCACUAGCUUGCUCAGAAUCAAACAUUUGGUUCAGGUUGCAUCAUCCAGAGGCUGAUGUUCGUCGCCGUACACUUUCUGAAAUGAAGACUUCAGGUCUUCUGGAAGCCAAGGGAACAAAUUCGCAGAGUCUUGUAAUCAUCCAAGAUGGCAUAUUGCGACAGCUUCAGGAUAAUGAUCUUACGGUUGUCAGAGCAGCUUUGUCGUUAGACAAAUUGUCCACUUUAUUGAACCCAUCUGAUCUUACUGAAGUAUUGGAUAAUCUGCUUAGAAGAUGCAUUGGUCUUUUGACAAGUUCGCUGGAGAACAACAGCCUAGCAUGUGAUGUUGCUAUUUUGUGCCUGAAGAAUGCUGUUGCUGUCAUCCAUCAGAAUGUUGAAUGUUGCAAUAAACUAGCUGCUAUGAUAUUUCCUUUGCUCCUUGUUUUACCGAAGACACAGAGGUUAAAUUUGAAAGCAUUGGAAUUAGCCAAGGCAGAGAAAUGGCCACUGUUUGAGAAUCUUGCUGCUGCAUGCAAUACAGAACAUUCAUUACAACCAGGAAGCUUAUCCUCCAUCAACAUGGCCACCAUUACUAGUUUGGCGAGCAGAUUUUUGUUGCACCCUGAAAAAUCCAUGCCUUGGCUUGUUCAGAGUUCUAAUGAAUUUGAGUUGUCAAAGACGCUCUUCUUUCUGGUGAUGAUGCAGACAGUUCUGAUUGAAAAGGCAUUGAAGUCAGAAUGGGAAUCGUUUGAAUCUACAGGUCUUAACUCUAUAGCAGAGUUCAAAACCGAGAUGCUGAAUUGGGAUUGCAGCAGAUUUCUUGAUAACAUAGAUUCCAAUUUGAUGGCAUUAAAUACAAAUAUUCUAAUUUGCAUCUUUUGGAGGUUGAUGGAGGCAUUUCUAUCUGCGAUGCCUGCAGAUGUCCCAUUGGAUGGUGAUGGGAAGUGGGUUAGCUGGCUAAGGGAAUUGUUCACCUUCUUCUCAGGCUGUCAGUUUAAGAACAUUUUUAAGGAACACCGUCAUUACCUUGUCACAAAGUCCAAGAUCUCUGCUGUUUCUUUCCUUGCCAAGUUUUUCACAGAAGAAGCCGUUCCUAUUACAGUCCAGAUUGAGAGUCUUCACUGUUUUUCCUACCUCUGCCUUCAGUCAGAAGUCAGAAUGGCAGUUCAAUUUCUUGCAGAGUUUCCAUCUCUUCUUGUUCCACUGGCUAGUAGUAACCAGGAAGUAAGAAAUGUUGCCAUGAAUUGUAUUGAAGGUUUACACACAUUUUCAUCUCAUGUUGACUCGUUGAGCAAGAAAAAUGGAAACCGUGCAGUUCGGAUUAAUCAUCUUGAUAAGCUGCUGGACCUGGUGGUCCAGCAGAAAAGGCUAAUCCUGUCAGAUAGAAACUUGCUUCCUUCUCUCUUGGCCUCUUUGCUGAGCCCGUCCUUCGAGAGCUUCUUAGGGCCAAAGAAUAUUGAGAUAAGGUUUGAUCAAUCUACAAGAGAUGAGAUUCUUACUUUCAUGUUGAAUUCUGCCAUGAAACUGCCUGAAUAUGCAAAGCUUGCUAUUCUUUCUUUGGUUAGAGGAACUGGCAAUGCCAUUAUACAUCAUAAAGAAGUGAAGUCAUAUUUGUCUCAUCUCUUGGGAAGACGCAGUCGUGACAUGAACAUUUCAAGUCAAUGUUUGUCAAAAAUUGAACUUCAGAUAUUAUGCCUCCUACUGGAGUGCUGUGCCGUGCCAUCUUCAACAGACGGGCAUGUAUUUGAGGACCAAUUAUUGGAGGCUUUGCAAUUGGAUGGUUUGGCUCCAGAAGAAGCUUCCACUGUACAGCCUUGUAUUACUGUCUUGCAAAAGCUUAACAGCCAAAUCUACAGUGGACUGAAGACAGAAGUGCAGGAGCUUUUGUUCCGUAAACUGGUAACUGCAUUUCACAAUCCAAAUGGGGACAUACAAAAUGCAACUAGAGCAGCCUUGCAGCGUUUACAUAUUACUUGCUCCACUAUCGUCCACACUCUUGAUCACGUAGUCAAAAAUGGCAGUUGUGCAAUUCGUUCAGUGCAGAGAACAAAGAAAAUGAAAAGUCAGAAGUCCACUCCGUCUAAUGAUGUGAUAUGUGAAAGAGAAAAUGCACUCUCUUUACUUGGUUCCCUCCUUGGUAUUAUAUUAUUCAAGAAAGACAUAGAGAAGAGGAACUCUCUUUUGGGCCCAUUGUUUAAGCUUCUCUUCAAAACUUUUUCCAAAGAGUGGGUAGAAGAUCAGUUCAACACUUCUGAAGCUACAUCAAGCACAGUAAAUUACAUACAACAGACACUGCUAAUAAUCUUAGAAGAUAUCAGUUCUUCACUUAUAAGUUCUAUACCAGUGGAGGUAUUAAAUGAGAUUAAUGUCAAACUUUUGGUUGAGUGUGCCCAUUCUGCAAAGGAUGGAGUUACUCGCAACCAUGUGUUUUCACUGAUUUCCUCUAUCACAAAGAUCGUUCCAGAAAAGGUUUUGGAGCAUAUGCUGGAUAUAUUUGCUGUUAUUGGAGAGUCAGCAGUCACACAGAUUGAUAGCCAUUCACAACGUGUGUUUGAGGAUCUUUUAUCUACAGUUGUUCCUUGUUGGCUUUCUGGGACAGGUAGCAAUGACAAACUGCUCGAGAUUUUUGUCAAUGUACUGCCCGAAGUUGCCGAGUAUAGAAGGCUAUCAAUUGUUGUGUACCUACUGAGGACUAUGGGAGAGUCAAAUAGCUUGGCGUCGUUACUUGUUCUUCUUUUCCGUUCAAUAAUUUCAAGAAAAGGGAUAUCUUGCUUUGAUAAUGUGCAUGCUUCAGAUACCUCUUUACAGAGAGAGUGGGAGUAUGCCCUGGGGCUUCAAAUAUGUGAGCAAUAUUCAUGUAUGAUAUGGCUUCCCCCUCUUGUUGUGCUACUUAAACAAAUAAGAAUGGGUGAAGAGGUAUUUAGAGAAUUGUUGAUUGCAAUGAGGUUCAUCUUGCAUAAGCUGCAAGAUCCAGAGUUUGCGCUCAAGAUGGCAUCCGGGGAAGACUCGGACAAAAUUCAGGCUACAUUGGGAGAACUCAUGGAGCAGGUUGUCUCUCUCCAGCAACUUGUAGAUGCGAGAAGAAAGGACAAAAGUAUCAGUGUUGUGAGGAAAGAUUUGAAGGAGUGUAUGCAUUCUGUAGUGUGGACUAUUACUGGGGUCAUGAACCCUUCGACACUCUUCAAUGGCAUAACUAAAUUGCUUGGCGACAGAGAUAGGAACGUGGAAAAGAAGGCACUUGGACUCCUAUGUGAAACCAUUAGGAAUCUUGACACAGUCAAAGCAAAGCUUAAGUUUAAUAAAGGCUCUAGUCUCCGUUGGAAUCAUCUUGAUGAGAUUUCUCUCAGCUCGUUACGAGUUACAUGUCUGAAAAUUGUUCAGCUAAUUGAUGAUUCUUCUGAUGAUAUGGAAGUCUCCUUGAAAGUGGCAGCAGCGUUGGCUCUAGAUGUUUUAGCCCAAAGGUUCCCUUCUUACUCUUCCAUCUUCAGUGAGUGUCUACCAUCUGUUACAAAAAGUAUCAGUAUGCACGAUUUGGCAGUGUCAUCUAGCUGCCUUCAAACAACUGGUGCUUUGAUCAAUGUGCUUGGACCCAAGGCACUCUCUGAGCUUCCUCACAUAAUGGAAAGUUUGAUCAAGAUUUCUCAUGAAGUCCUUGUAUCCUCGCAUACAAAAGCCAUAUCCAGCGGUGGUAGCCGGCCUGUGUUGCUAAAACCCCAGGAAUCUCUAGUUUUGUCUAUUCUUGUUACUUUGGAGGCUGUUGUGGUUAAGCUAGGGCAGUUCUUAAGCCCGUACCUUGAAGAUAUUACAAGAGUUAUGGUGAUCGAUCUUGAUUAUGCAUUAGGGUCUGAUCAGAAGCUAAAAAUGCGGGCUGAGUCGGUACGAAAACUCAUCACCGAGAACAUCACGGUUCGACUUGCUCUACCUCCCUUGUUAAACAUCUACUCUAGCACAGUUGAGUCUGGGGAUUCCAGUUUAAUAAUUUAUUUUGGAAUGCUGGCCAACAUGAUUGGAAGAAUGGAUAGGUCAUCUGUUGGUAGUUACCAUGCUAAGAUUUUUGAACGGUGCUUGAUUGCUCUUGAUCUACGUCGUCAACAUCCGGCUUCUGUUCGAAGAAUUGAUGAUGUAGAGAAUAGUGUUUUCACUGCAAUGAUUUCUCUCUCUAUGAAGCUCACUGAGACAAUGUUUAGACCUCUUUUCAUUAGGAGUAUUGAUUGGGCAAACUCAGAAGUGGAAGAUAUUUCAUGUGCGGGAUAUAUACCUAGGGCUAUCUCUUUCUACGGCCUCGUAAACAAACUUGCGGAAAACCACAGGUCCCUUUUUGUUCCUUAUUUCAAAUACUUGCUGGAGAAUUGUGUACGGUAUCUUACUGUUGCUGGAGAUGCAAUGCCUUCUGGUUCAACACGAAAGAAGAAGGCCAAGAUUCAGGAAUCUGAUAACAGCAUGUUCCUUGGAAACUGGCAUCUUAGAGCGUUGGUCUUAUCGUCAUUACAUAAAUGUUUUCUCUAUGAUACUGGAAGCCUGAAGUUUCUUGAUUCUUCCAAUUUUCAGGUUCUACUGAAGCCAAUUGUUUUCCAGCUUGUCAUAGAACCUCCACAGUCUCUAGAGGAGCAUUCUGAUAUUCCAUCUGUACAGGAAGUUGAUGAAUUAUUGGUUGUUUGUAUUGGUCAAAUGGCUGUGACCGCAGGAAGUGAUCUUUUAUGGAAGCCCUUGAAUCAUGAGGUGCUGAUGCAGACACGCAGUGAUAAGGUCCGUGCAAGAAUUUUGGGCCUGAGAGUUGUUAAAUAUCUUGUGGAGCAUCUAAGAGAAGAAUAUCUGGUAUUUGUUCCCGAAACGGUUCCCUUCUUUGCUGAGUUGCUCGAGGAUGUCGAGCCUUCUGUUAAAUCCUUGGCACAAGAAAUCUUCAAUGAAUUGAGCACCAUGACUGGUGAAAACCUCUCAGAGUAUAUCUGAGUGCCAUAGCAUAGACAGUAGACAGUGAAAAGAUCUGGCACACCUUGGCGUGUAAUGUCGUGUUCUAUUUCUAGUGUUAGUUUACAAGUUUUAGAUACAGGAUGCGAUGUCCACAGUUUUGAUCUCACGUUUCGAUGUAUAUCAGUUGCCUGAGGUGUUUCAUUUCUGUUAUAGCUUCAUAUCAUCUUCCUAUCUUGAACUGUAAAGGGAAUCGUUCAUCUGAAUCAAAAUUUUGAUACACUGCUCUCAUAGUUGAAUCAUAUCCAUCAACAUUUUCGUGACCCGAAACCCAGAGUUUAGGAGCUUGAUGAACAUCACCUACACCGGCAUAGGAGGGUUGCCGUUUUACAUCCAAAAACGUUUUAGAUUUUCGAUCAUUACAAAUUUACAGUGCAUACCUAAAGUUUGCAUGCACCAAUAAUUCAAGGACUGAAAUAUCGAUGAUCAUGGAAAUAUCGGUGGUUCGAAAAAAUGAAAUUCUCAAUAGAUAUAUCGAGAAAUUAUCGAAU